AUGUAUCUAAUCUAUAAGAAAAUCAAGAAGCGCAACGAGAGGAAAGCCCUAGAAGCUGCACUCUCGACUGCAUCCAACGACCAUGCCAGACAAACACACCUGUCCAUUGAAGACACAGAACUCCUACAGACGAGGGGACAGAAGGUCAUCUCUCCCGAGCAAGCUGCCGAGAAGAGACGGGACAGAAUCUACCGAUGGAAGAUUGUCUUGGGACUAUUUGGUCCCUACUGCCUACAAGCCAUGGACACAACGAUAGUGGCCUCAGCUCUACCGUACAUCGCCGAAGACUUCAAUCAACUCAAACAACUGAACUGGAUAGUCUCAGUCUUCAACCUGACAUCCGCCGCCUUCCUCUUCUUCUGGGCCCAACUAACGGACCUCUUCGGUCGACACAUCGUCCUCCAAUCCGCCAUCGCUAUUAUGGCAAUCGGCUCCGCAAUCUGCACCGGCGCCCCGACAUCAUCAUUCAGCGUCCUCCUCCUCGGCCGCGCCUUGCAAGGCGUCGGCGCCGCAGGUGUCAACAUUUCCAUCCGCACCAUCCUCGCAGACGGUGUUUCACUAUCUGGGUACGCGGUGAACUGGACGAUCUUCGCGCUUGUUUCCAGCGUCGGAUUCAGCAUCGGCCCCGUCGUCGGCGGAUAUCUGACGCAGACAUCGUGGCGCUGGUGCUUUGCCAUUAACCUGCCCAUCGCAGUCGUUGCAAUGCUUGUUGUGGCUAUUGUUUUGAGGAAGGAGCUACAAGGUCCACAGCCUAUUCCUGAACACGAGAGGGGAAGGACCUCGACUCGGUCGGGACGGUUGCUGGCGAGGAUCUCUACGAUUGACUACGGCGGCCAAAUGCUCUUCCUCUGGGGAUUUGGUCUUCUUAUCCUCGCAUUGACCUGGGCAGGUGGUACAUACUCAUGGACAUCUGCUGCUGUCCUGGUGCCGAUGGUAAUCGGCGCCGUUCUGGCCAUUGCUUGGCUCGUCUAUGAAUGGCUUAUGGUGCCGGGCUCAGUGAUGGCACGGCUGCUACCGCGCCAAAAGGCAAUGAUGCCGUGGGAACUCCUCCAACAACGGGACAUUGGACUGCUAUUCGUGAUCAAUUUCACGGUCGGUAUUUGCCUGUUCGCUGUUAUGUACUUCAUGGAUCUAUACUUUGCGCUGGUGGAGGGAAAACCUUCUAGCGAUGCCGGUCUGGCGCUUCUUUAUUUACUUCCAGGCUUGGGUGCUGGUCUUUUCAUGGCUAUGUUCUUCUCAAACGUCUGGCCACGACAAACCUUCCCCGCCCUUCUUCUUGGCAGCAUAACCUCCGCAACGGGGAUGACUGUUCUAGCAUGGGGCGUCAAAUCCGGCAACACGAGCUUGAUAUACGGUAUGAUGGCGCUAAUCGGACAUGGAGUGGGGAUACGAAUGAAUCCGGCCUCAUUGCACGGUUUGGCAUUCUUUCCUGCCAUGACGGCCCAGAUCUCGUGUCUGGCUGCCUUCGCUGUUCCGUUUGGAGGUCUGCUUGGGUUGACGAUUAUGUCGACGGUAUUUACGAACAAGAGUGGUGUUGGACAGCGGGAUGCUCAGGAUGGGAUCAUGUGGGCAUUUGUUGCUAUGCUCCCUUUCAUGUGGCUCUCUGUCCUGUCUACCACUUUCCUUGGCAAUGUGUGGAUCUUGGAGGGGGAUGGUCAUGAAGUGGUUAACAAGCCCUAUUUCUGGGCUAGGAUUUUGCGAAAAGAUGUUGCGAGGGAGAGGAGGGAUCGCGGCGAGCAGAUGGGGCCUGUUGGGAAGACCGGGGAUAUCGAGGCAACUGGUGGUGGUCACCAGAGGGAAGGAGGGCGGAUUUAG